UGACGCACACACAGCGCGUAUCUCGCUAUACAUUUAAAUACUUGUAACACUAGCUGCAUGCGCGAGCCCACAUUAUCUCUCUCUUCUUAAACAGAUACACGCGGUGUGUUAUUGACGAUUUAUUUUACUUCUUAUCUCCUAGUCUAAUUUAAUAACCCAACAAAAUAUUUUUUGGAGUCGCAUUUAGUGCAAAUAACAUUUUGACAUAUGUAUUGCGGAAAAGCAGAGUUUGUAGCGAGCCCAAGUGUGUGUUUGUCAACGUUUGUUAUUGCCUUUGGAUAAUAAUUAAAACUUGAUAAUUCUGAUAAUAAUUAUAAUAUCGGCGUAUUUAUAUGGAAUGCGCUCACAUUUUCUGAUACAAUUGUGAAAUUAUAUAAUGAUAAGUAGAUACGUAGCAAGAGAUACGAUAAGUAGAGCAAUUGGCGAAUAAAAAGGUCGAAGAGAUAGAUAAAGUCUUACAGAAGACCACCCGGUACACGAUAACAAAGUGUAUAAAGCUGGCGACGCGCGUUUUUGCGUGCAGACGUGGAAAUCCGUGGCGGCGACAUUCGUCGACCUCCGAGAGUGCCGUGCCUCCCUGCCUAACCAAUCGCGCGAGUCCUUUCACUGUAGGAAUUCGAAGCUCGUGUUAAAAAGGCCGAUUACCGGUAUUCCUAUUCCCUUUCGACUGGCUGCAACGGUCGAGGGCCGCCGACAACGUGCGCGAGAUCGGCCAGAUCGCGUCUCGCCGAAGGCCCGCCUGUUUCUCUCGUUUCGCGGAAGAUCGCCGAAAACCGGAUGUGCCGUGCAAGCCGAGCGAAAAAGUUAUUCCGCCUGACUUUUCGCGUCUGAAAUUCCGCAUUGCUUUUCGCCCGAUCGACCGAUCGUCCGUUGCAACAGCAGGCAGUAACAGUUCGCGCGUAUCGACCACUGACGAUUUUGCGAGAUUAGCUUACUAUCGCGCCGAUAAGCACGUGUCCAGCACGAAUAUGUUAACGUGUUACAUGACCGCACUGCAGUGCGAGUGGAUCGAAAAUCGUAGGCGAUGGAAUUCCAUCAGCACGCUACGAUCGCAAUUCAAGAACAAUGUUAACGUCGAAGGCGCCACUCACAAGCAAGUAGUGGAUCUGAUAAAAUCGGGCGGCGAUGUUCUCACCUUGACCGUUAUUUCCGUGACGCCGCAGGAAGCGGAACGGUUGGAACCCUGCGAGGAUUUGAGCUACGCAUCGGUGGACUACAGCGAGAAGCGAUCUCUACCUAUCAGCGUUCCGGAUUAUCACGUUCGUGAGAGAAAACACGAGCGUUACGUAGUUUUUAACGUCCACAUGGCCGGCAGGCACUUGUGCUCGCGUCGAUAUCGGGAGUUCGCGGCGUUGCACUUGGCGCUGAAGAAGGAAUUCAUAGGCUUCAAUUUCCCGAAGCUACCAGGAAAAUGGCCAUUCCAAUUGAGCGAGCAACAACUCGAUGCGAGAAGACGCGGCUUGGAGCAGUAUUUAGAGAAAGUCUGCGCGGUGCGCGUAAUAGCGGAGAGCGAUGCCAUGCAGGAAUUCUUGACAGACAGAUUAGAAGAGGACGGUGAUCAGGGCCCGGCGGUUGAUUUGAAGGUUCUACUGCCAGAUCGCGAAGUGGUAACCGUCACGGUUCCGAAAGCGGCGUCGGUGAAAGACGUCUAUGACGCGGUUUGCUGUCGAGUUGGUUUAGACGCGGAAACAGCCAAGUAUUUUUACCUGUUUGAGAUCGUCGAGUACAAUUUUGAACGGAAGCUACAGCCUCACGAACACCCGCACACUUUAUAUAUACAGAAUUAUUCAACUGCCAGCGCGACGUGUUUGGCGAUAAGGAGGUGGCUUUUUAAUGUAAAUAGGCCUCUGAGCGAGCAGGCAUUAACCUGGAUAUUUUGGCAAACAAUCGACGAAGUAAACAGGGGUCACAUCACCGCGGGAGAACGAUUGUAUCAGCUGAAGGCUCUGCAAGACGCAUCCAGAAAGCACGAGUAUUUAAAAUUGGCGAGGGAGCUCAGCGGAUACGGCGAUAUCGUGUUCCCACAUUGCGCGUGCGACUCGAGAAAGGAAGGUCACGUUAUACCUGCGGUGGGCAUGGCAGCUUUUAAAUUGCACGCCGCGAAAGAAGACGGAACUCUGGAAUCGCAAGUGGUGGAGUUCCAAUGGAACACCAUCGCCCGAUGGGAAGUAGACGAGGACGGAAUGGCGUUCUGCUUCCAAUACACGCGCCAGGAUAAUCGUCCACCUCGUUGGCUCAAAGUCUUCACUCCUUAUUAUACGUUCCUCUCGGACUGCUUCGAUCGAAUAGCUGAGGAAGCGAAGUGGGACGACCCAGGCGAAUGACGUAAUGUUCGACGCUAAGGGGCAUCCAGUGUAUAACGUUAAAGGUUUUUUCAUCUCACAUUCGUCUUCAUAGUCGAAAUUUUUUACUAGGGCUAGGCAGUCUACAGACCGGUACCGAGUCAGCGUAAUACUUUCAGCAUAUCAAACUUUCCAUCUGUCGACCUCGCGAUACAUUAUGUAAAGAAUAUUACCGAGUCACACACCGAGAGAACGUUUGCCCGCGCUAUCAUCAGACGAAUAAAUGCGAAUGAAAGUAGAUGAAUGUCCCGGUGAAAGCAACGCUUCGUAACUAAUCGCGAGAAGUGAUACGAAGAUUCGACGAAUACGAUGUAACAUUGAAACACUUGCAAAUAAGAGUUAUCUGUUCGUGAACAGAAUGUGAUGUUUAAAUUUAGUCCGGAUUUAUUGUACGCCACAUACGUCCAUGACCACGAUGAAGAGAUCUGGGAUAUGUAGUUUGAUCUAACUCAGUGCAUAAGAUAAUAAAUGCGUUAUUGCGCAUAAAAGAAUACAGCUCGAAUUUUUUUUGUUUCGUCGAUGAAAUCCGUGCUGCGCACUUUCCCUUACAAAACUCACAUGCGAGAACGUGAGAGGAUUACGUUGGCGUACAAACGCGUAGGGAUAUUAUUAUGGGGACACGAUCGCCCGCCUAGAAAACACCUAUCCUUUUGGCCUAUAAGUUAUUAUAGCGUGCAAUUCGAUUUACCGGUGAUUUACAUAAAUGUUCCUUCUUAUUCGCCUAAUAGACCUGAAACUUUCUUUCAUUAGAUUUUUGCAUGAGUGUAUCGAUCGAGUGUUUAGCGCGAGAAAUAAUGCCAUGAUACUUUGUGCAUUUUCUAAUGUGCAAUAUUUUGUAAUUCAAUAUAUAUAUUUGUCAAUUCCGCAGGAUACUUUAAAACGGAAGAUAUCGUUUGAUUAUCGUUUAUAUGAGAGUUAACAAUGUAUUGACAGAAGCACGUCCAACGUUGCUGUUGUGAAUUUCACUCAUAUUUUUUGCAAUUAAGGUAAGAAUUGUUUGAAACAAAAUAGAUACAUAUCAUAAUAGAUAAAGUUCAUCAGCGAUUUCAUUAUAAGUGUUUCUUUUAAACUAUCCUGUGUAGCAAGCAAAUAUUUAACACACGCGUGACUAUGGCUAAUUCCACGCGUCGC